AUGGCUUCGGAAGUGCCCAAACUUUUGUGGAAUGCCGAGAAUAUAAAGGAUGUAGCCGAGUCGGUCGGUAUCGGCGCGCUCAACGAGGAGGCGACCAAGGCGCUCGCCCAGGAUGUAGAGUACCGCGUCGGCCAAGUCAUCAUUGAGAGUCUGCGCCUGAUGCGCGCGGCGCGUCGCACGACGCUUACCGUCAACGAUGUUUCUCUCGCCUUGCGCGUACUUGACGCUGAGCCGCUUUAUGGAUACGACUCAACGAGGCCGCUGCGAUUCGGCGAGGCCAGUCUGGGGCCCGGCCAGCCGCUGUUUUACAUUGACGACGAGGAGGUAGAGUUUGAGAAGCUCAUCAAUGCCCCGCUGCCUAAGGUGCCGCGCGACAUGAACUUUACAGCACACUGGCUCGCCAUCGAGGGCGUCCAGCCCUCCAUCCCCCAGAACCCCACGACGGCCGAGUCGAGAUCCCAAGACUUGCUACCCAAGGGAACCGGCGCAAACCCUGCGCUCUCUGCCCUGGCCGGCAACGACAGCUCGCCCAGCAACCCAUCCGUCAAGCACAUUGUCAGCAAGGAGCUGAUUCUGUACUUUGACAAGAUCCAAGCCGCCAUCCUCGACGAGACCCCAGAUGAAGAAGUUGUUCGUCUGCGCCAAGCCGCCCUCGGCUCUGUCAGAGACGACCCUGGCCUGCAUCAGCUUGCGCCCUACUUCAUAAACUUCAUCAUGGACCGCGUGACACACCAGCUCGACGACACCUUUACAUUGAAGCAAAUGAUGGAACUGACGAAUGCUCUUAUUGAGAACAAGACGCUGUUUCUGGAUCCUUAUGCUUCUUCCCUGUCUGCCCCGGUGCUGACGUGCUUGAUGGCGCGAAAGCUGGGCAGCGACGACGGCGUCGAUGCAAUGAAGGAGCAGUACGAGCUGAGACAGCUUGCCGCAUCGCUCAUCGGCCGCAUGGCACACAAAUACUCGGCUUCCAACGCGCUACUCCGACCAAAGCUUACUCGUACUUGCCUGCGCUAUUUCCUGGACCCAACGAAGCCACCCGCGGUGCUCUAUGGUGCCGUCAAUGGCAUCCUCGAGGCUGGUGGACCCGAGGCCGUCCGCCUUUUGAUUCUCCGCAACCUCAAGAGCUUCGACUCGGGCAUCCUGCAGCCUCUCAAGGAAAAGUCGGAAGGAUCCAUCGAGUACGAAAUGCUCGUACAAGGUCUGGUACAAGCUGUUGCCUCGCUGGUCACGCACGCCGAUGCUCACGUGCUCAAUGGUGCUGGAUCCGUUACGCCCGCCCAGCUCAGCGAGCUAAAUGAGUUUAUUGGCCCCAUUGUCGGCAACAGGAUUGCGUCGUCGAACAACACUAGACUGAUCCAGACUGUCCUCGAAGCACGCUCGUUUGAGUAA